AUGGCAGCCCGAACAGCUCUGCGAAGGGCGCUCCCAUACUUGCGGAGCGCCGUAACAAACCCGGGGCAACAGCUACGACAUACACGAUCCCUUUCCACAACCCUUCCAUAUCUCACUCCGAAUGUCUCUUCCUCGACGUCCUCAUCCUCGUCCGCCCCGCCGGAAUAUGCGAUCCCAGACCCGUCACGGCCAACCCACUUUGGCUUUGAAACAGUAACAGAAGGCGAGAAGCGGGAGCGUGUGGCGGGCGUCUUCACCAGCGUGGCCGAGUCAUAUGAUCGCAUGAACGACCUGAUGUCCUUUGGCUGGCACCGAGUGUGGAAGGACCACUUCGUCGCCUCGCUCAACCCAGGCUUCUCUCCGCUCACCCCAGGACCCGACCCGCGCGGGCCCCAGCACAUCCUCGACAUCGCCGGCGGCACGGGCGACAUCGCCUUCCGGCUGCUGCAUACGGCGCAUGUGGUCAACGCCAACCCGUCCGUGCGCGUGACCAUCUCCGACAUCAACCGCGCCAUGCUCACGGUAGGCAAGCAGCGCUCGGCCUCGCUGCCGGCGUCGCAACAAGCGGCGCUGACCUUCGUGGAAGCCAACGCCGAGGACCUCACCAAGACCCGCCCGCUGCACCCGUACCCGUCCGCUUCCGAGCCGACCUCGCACGAUGCGCAGGGCAAGGAAGAGCAAGCCUUCUUCGACCCGGCCACCGCCACCGCCGAGAUCCCGGACAGCUCGGUCGACCUGUACACGGUGGCCUUCGGCAUCCGCAACUUCAGCAACAUCCCCGCCGCUCUCCGCGAGGCGCACCGCGUGCUCAAGCCGGGCGGCGUCUUCGCCUGCCUCGAGUUCAGCAAGGCCGACAAGCACCCGCUCUUCAACGCGCUCUACAAGGAGUGGUCGUUCCGGGCCAUCCCGCUGAUCGGCCAGCUGGUCGCGGCCGACCGGGACAGCUACCAGUACCUCGUCGAGAGCAUCGAGCGGUUCCCAUCGCAGGAAGAGUUCCGCGACAUGAUUGUCGAUGCCGGGUUCGUUGUGGCGGGGCAAGGGUUUGAGGACCUGACCGGUGGUGUGGCGGCUAUCCACAAGGGGAUGAAGCCUAGGGCUUGA